UACAGCAUUAACAUGAAUGAGAGCAGUCGAAAAAAAUGCAGAAUAGCAGUAGAUAGUUUUGCAUUUUGGGAUUCAUGAAUUCUUUUAAAAACUUCUAAAAACAGUAUUAUUGAAGGUUUCCAAAUCUUCAAAUGUAUAGUUUUCAAAUUUUCAAAUACAAUACUAUGAAAACAUGUCUUUCAGGUUUUCUGAUUUUUAAUCUUAAUAUUCUCUGUUCAUGUUUAAAUUUUGACAGCCUUCAUCUGCAAUCCCUUGCCUGCUGUUGUAAGAUGGCAUUUAAGAUUGCACACUCUCUUUUUUUAACACCACUUGAAUUGUAAAUCUCAGGUUUGGGAUCGUGAAAAGAUUGUUGUGAUACCAGAUCACUAUAUAUUUACUAGUGAUGAAUGUGCAAACAGGAAUGUGGAUAUUUUGAGGGACUUUUGCUUAGAGUGGAACAUUAAGUAUUUUUAUGGUAUUCAAGUUCUUGGUAAUUUUAGGAUAUUAGAUAUUCUUGAUUUUUCUUUAUGAAUAUCAACCCUUUCUCAGUAUGCUUGUUAUUUCUUAUGUUCCUUUUUCAAAACUGCAGGCUAAUCCAGAUUACAAAGGUGUAUGCCACAUUAUGCUUGCACAAGAACACCAUUGUAGACCCGGGGAGGUUUUACUCGGCACAGACUCCCACACAUGUAAUGCUGGUGCUUUCAGGAAAUUUGCUACUGGAAUUGGCAACGCCGAUGCAGGUUUUGUCAUGGGAACUGGGAAGCUCCUUUUGAAGAUGGACGAGAGGAUGACUUUGUGCAACAUGGUCAUCGAAGCUGGGGGUAAGAAUGGGGUUGUUUCUGCUGAUGAAACUACAUUCAAGUGCCUUGAGGAUAAAACUUCCAAGAAUUUUGAACCUUUGUAGAAAGAUGAUAAUGCCAGCCACAUUGCUCUAGCAAGAGAGUGCAAGGGCAUCAAAAUUGACAGGGCCUACAUAGGUUCUUGCACUGGUGGAAAGAUGGAGGAUUUUUUAGCUGCAGCAAAGGUGUUCCUAGCUUCAGUAUGAAUGGAUAAAUAUAGCCUCCCGGUACCAAGAUCUGGCAGGAAGACUUGUUCUCAAAUAUUUGAGGAGGCUGGUUGUGAAGUUCCAUGCCUAUUUGUUUCUACCACAAAUAGGAACUUCCAUGGCAGAAUGGGUCACAAAGAGGGUCAGAUGUAUCUUGCUUCACCAUAUACGGCUGCUGCUUCAGCUUUGACAGGAUACGUUACUGAUCCAAGGGACUUCCUUCCGUGAAAGGAACAAGUUGAUGGUACCCUAUAUAUGAUGCUCAAAGUUUACUUCACAGAUCACUUCUUGAGUCUUCACCCUGACAACAUCUAAGAAAGAGCUUCAUAUGCACCCAACAAGUCAUUCCUGUCCGAGGAAAGAAGAAAAGUAGUGCUGCCUCGAAGCCUCUUCAAAUUAUGGCCUCCGUCCUUCCGCUCUCAUCUGUUCUG